CAGCGGCCUCGUGGAAAUUUGCGGGCGUCGUCGUUCCGUCGGACACGAACGGUCCCAAAAAACCGACGACCCGUCAGAGCAAAACAGCCGUCGCGCGGACGCGUACGGCACACGGGCACCCAGUAACAAUGGCCAAGACGCGCAAAGGCAAGGGCAAGGGCGGCGGCCGGAAGCGGAAGCCCUGCGAGCUCGGCGACCUCUGCCCGUACAAGCACGAGGGCCAGCAUAGGGGGGAAUACUGCCACCCGGGCGAUCCCGACCAUCCCGACACGGUCAAGCCCGCCGCGAAGAAGCCCGCGGGCCGCGGCCGUAGAUUAGGGGGCACCACCGCGGGCGGUGGAGGCCGGACGCUCGGCCGCGGCGGCCCGGCGCCGGCCCCGAAGCCGGCCAAGAAGCCCGCGGCCCGCAAGGCCCCCGCGGCAAAGAAGCCGGCCGCCAAGAAGCGCCGCCGGUCGUCGGACGUCAUCGACCUCGCGGCGUCCUCGGGCGACGAGGCGCCGCCGCCGCGCCGGUCGCCGCGCCGCGCGGGCGCCCCCGCGCCGGCCAUCGACCUCGCGGCCUCGUCCGACGACGAACCCGCGCCGGCGCCCGCGCCCCGGCCGAAGCGGCGCAAGCGCGACGUCCUCUCAGAUUCGUCGGACGACGAGGCCCCGCCGCCGCGGCCGCCGCCGCCGCGCAAGAAGGCCCCCAAGGCGGCGCCCAUCGACGUCGACGCCGAGGCGCCGAUCGACGUGGACGUCGACGACGACGAGCCCGCGCCGACGCCGCCGUCGCCGCGCGCGCCGCCCGAGACGCCCAUCGACGUCGACGCGCUCGACUCGGACGACGGCGCGCCGCCGCCGCCGCCGCCGCCGCCCGCGCCGCGGCGCCCGCGCGUCGACGACGACCUGCGCCUCGCGCUCGCGCUGUCGCGCGGCGAGCGCCCCGGGGGCGGCGCGCCGUUCGGCGGCGGCGGAGAGGCGCGGCCGGAGCGCUACGCGCCCUUCGGCGGCGACGCGGAGCUGCGCCGAGCCCUCGCCGAGUCGCGGCGGCGGCGCCGCGAGGCCGAGGAGCUCGAGCGCGCCCGGGCGCGGAGCCGCGCGACCGAGGCGCGCGCGGUCGUCGACGAGACCGAGGACGCCUACGCCGCCUCGCUGCGCGAGGACCAGGCCAAGGACCGCCGGCGCCGCGAGGCGGCCGCGGCGCAGGCGGCCGUCGACGCGGCCAAGGCCGCCGAGAAACAGAGAGAGGAGGCCCUGGUGGAGCGCCGCGCGGCCGCCAAGGCGCGCGUCGAUUCCACAGAGGAGGCGGCGGGCCCGGCGGCGAAGCGCGUGCGCGUGCGGCUGCCGGCGGGGCCGCCCCUCGCGCGGGCCUUCCGCGAGGGCGACGCCAUCUCAGUCGUCCGCGACUUCGUCGACGCGUCGGGCCGCGCGCCCCGGAACUUCGCGCUGGUUUAUGCUGGCCCGCCGAAGCGGACCCUCGGCGACGACGACGCGCCGCUCUCCUCGCUGGGCCCGGGGCCCGUGGCGCUGAUGGUCGCGGACCUCGACGCCUAG